UUAAAUAAACAAAAUUUUGUGUCAUUUUUGUGAAUCAAUUGUGUUUUGGUUGUCAAACAUAUUGUCAUCAUUUGUCACGUUUUACUCCAAUCGACACAAUCAUCACAAUUAGUGUGACAUUCAAUACAUUGAUUGCAGUUUACGUACAAUUGAUAUGAUUUACAAAACAAUUGACUAAUUAUUAACUUUGGGAUCAAUUGACAAAGUUUUGGUCACUUUUGAUAGUUUGAAGUAUACAUUGAAUUAGUGGACCAAUUAGUGGACCAAUUAGUGGACAAUUAGUGGACCAAUAGGUGAUAAUAGUUGAGUGACAGGUGAUGUCAAAGAUGGUCAUAUCGAGCGGUUUAUACUAUAGUCUCACUUCUGGAGCCCUGGCCUCCACGGCCUCAUUCUUCGGCAAACUAUCAAUGAGUCCAUCCAUUUGUUGCCAUCUAUUCAAUAGUGGGUAUCAAUUGAGUGGUGUAUCAAAUGGUGGCAACGAUUGGUGCCAUUCUUCGCACACAUCACUCGCGUUAAAGACAUUUCAGAUGUUUAUGUUUGGCGCAAUGAUAGUCACAAACCUCUUAAUGUGGACUCAAUUCACGAAAGCUCUUAAGCGAUACACCAAUUCAUUGCAUGUGAUAGUUGUCAACACUUCCACAAACUUCUUCAUAACUGCAAUAUAUGGCUCAUUAUUUUUCGGUGAAGUCUUG